AUGAAGAAAUUUGAUAGGAUCCAGGAUGCCUCGGAGUACAUAAACGGGGAAUUGAAACGCAAGGGCUAUCUCAAGGAAUCAGAAACGAUCCUUUUCCAUGCAACAACCAGUGGCAGUCUGACUAGCGCCGCAGGCGCUAGUCAGACUGCCACUGCUGCCCCUGCCACCGCGGCUACCCACGACUCCCCGCCGCUCAUGGAUGAGGAGACAACAAUGGCCCUACUCACAAACGACAAGCUACUGAUCAACACCUUUAACAAGCUCCUGAACAGCGUCUCUGCUCUGCAGGCCCAGCUAUUGGAGCAGGAGGCCCGCAUAAAGCUGCUAGAACACCAGCGGCACCAUGAUCACGUGAAGGGACAACGAGCCCGCGAGCGCAGCCCACUGCCGCGCCGCACCAUGACGCCGCCGCACGCAUUUUCUGCGUCCGCCCCCACGUCGCCGCCGCCAGCAGGCGCUGCCCGCGCGCCUGCCGCCGCUCCUGCCUGGGCCCCGCCCAGGCAGCACCGCCCCGCCCAGGCCCAGCUCCGCAAACAGCAGCUGCUCGUGGACCAGCUGCGCGCGCAGCUGAAAACCGCGUCACGUGGGCCCUCUCAGCCGUUGGACGUUACGUGGCACGGCCCGUCGCUACCCUCCCUGGGUCCCGCCACCGGCGACGCACCGCCGCUCACAGACCUCUCAGUGUGCAUGCGCAAACUCGCAGAGGAACACAGCGGCACCGUGGCCGCGCUGCGCAAGGCCAAGGGCCUCAUUGAAGAGGCCAACCGCUACGUGUAUACGCGCUUCGUGCUCGACCUUGCCCCCCCUCCCGCUCCGCCGCCCGCGCGCGCGCCCGGCCGCGGGCCGGGUGAAGCCCACCUGCCAGGCGGUGGCGACCCAGAACUGGACGAGCUCGCCCGCGACUGGCACGAAAUCCGAACGCUGCUCGGCGGCACGUGA